AGUGAUCAUUCAACCGUAACAAAACGGGAGGACGUGUUUGCGUAUCAUGCCCGAUGCCGUACGUCUCUUUUCCUUCCUCCAUGAUCGCACAAAAUACCAUGUUCUUAAUUUACCAGGGAUUGCUACCUUAAUAUUAAAUGCCGAGUUGAACGUUGGGAGGGAAAACGGCGUGUAAUCAACAGAUGAAGUUCCGACUAUGUAAUUUGUAAACGACCAGCCAGUCCAUAUGAUAUUAUCAUGCUCCCAGUCCCAAAAUAAUUAAACUUAAGAGUGAAUGGGAUUUGAGAUUGCAAAACAGGAAUGGGAUCUUUUUUCAAUGGUGGAACCCACCGCAAGCCUCGCUAUGAGCGCUUGCCACUGGACACGUUUAGUCGGAAGGACUCCACCAGGACGACAAGGUUAGAUGAUGAUCCAGAUGAGGAAAACCUCCUCUUCGAUUUUGGGGAGGGCGGCAGCCAGAAUGGUCGCCUCCUGCCGCCGGCCAAGAAUGGCUACGACUCGGAGGAGGAGAUUGAGUUCUACAAGGAUACUCACAGAUCCCGCUACAGGCAGCCCAGACUCUCCUAUAGCUCAUCGCGCUGCUGUCUCGUCUGCCUGCUAGCCGCACUGGUCAUUGUGGUGCUGCUCUUUUCUGCUUUGUACAUGAUGGGGCCAACUACAAAAAGCACGACAGGAUGGACUUCCUCGACCUUCGAAUAUGCCACGGAGACUGCAAUUCGGUUAUAUGAUGUCAAUCAAGAUGGCAUCCAGGAUGUUAUUCUCGGUGCAGCCACUACGUCCUCAUUACGAGACGUCAAGAACGAGGUCGAAUUCUGCAAGAAAGUCAAUAUGACGUAUCCAUGUGCUGGACUAAUCAUGGCAUUAGAUGGACGCAACGGCACCAGACUAUGGACCAUACACACCAGGGUGGAGGUAUUUGCUAUUCAGUGCGGGAAACUAGAUAUCAACGGAGACGGUCAUAUGGAUUGCAUUGCUGCGGGACGGAUGGGCACGCUACACGGCAUAGAUCCAAUUAAUGGUUCGGUUCUUUGGUCGGCUGAUCCCGGAGUGACCAAUCUUCACUUCAACUUCUUCCAGGGUCAAGUUGUCCCUGACCUGGAUCAAGAUGGGGUACCAGACUAUGUGGUGACUCACGGGGGUGACACAAGGUUCAGUGACAAGGAAUUGGAUAGGCCAGCGGGAAGGUUACUACUCUUGUCAGGAAAGACCGGGCGGAGCUUGGGCAGGUACCUUUCCUUGCCAGACAACCACGAGACCUACUCAGCCAUAACACUCUACACAAGACCAAAUGGAGCUAUCUUUCUUCUGUUUGGCUCAGGAGGUGAAACCAUCUCAGGUUCACUCUGGGCUAUAUCCCUACGUGACUUGUACUGUUACGUGAUGUCAAUGCCGACCUGCAGCGCAGACCAGCUGUUCCACGUGUCUCCCCUGCAAAAAAAGGGAUACGAUGAACAUUGGGGAACACCGAUACAGACUCUUCAGAGUGGUGCCAUGGAGAUCCUCAGGAGUGGUUCCAGCAAGGGUGUGACUGUUCCCACUGAGCUGGUAGAUAUGAACAACGAUGGCGUGGAUGACCUGGUCGUGUUCAUGUACAACAGCACCAUUGCCAUACUGGAUGGGGUCAAUCUUGGGGUCAUUUGGUCCACCGGCAAGAGGUUUGCCGAGUUUGAGACUUACAGCAAUCUUGCGCCGGGCUAUUUCAACGACGAUGACACCAUUGAUCUCAUGGUGCACCUGAGUGAGGGCAAAUGGCCAAAAUUCAUCUCUUCUUGCGUCUAUAUCCUUGAUGGCAGGGAUGGCAAAGUCCUUUGGUCCCUCAAGACGCCUAGCUUCAGCCCCAUUAUGUCCUCCCCUCUCACCCUCCAGAGCUACGGCCGCAAGGACGCCUUCCUGUUCUGGGUUCAGGGGCUCGAUGCCAAGAUAGGCGAUGCGGAGGGACCAGAGCUACCACAGCCUGCAGGGCACGGCAUGGGGCCCGAUGAAACGGGAGAUGGCAGCGAGGAGUCCUUAGCUUCCCCUGGACGACCUCGGAGACACGGGGAUGAGAUGGUACCUGAAAAGCUGUGUCUGCUGAGCUUGGAUGUCCUACGUGCAGACCUCCUGAUAGUAGACAGAAAUCUUGCUCUCGAGCCCUUGCGGCUGGCCUCUGCGGAUGCAUUCAAAUAUAAUUACACUCUUACCGAAGAAGACAGGCUUAUGAUGGAAGAAGAUUUAUAUCACCAUGGCAAGCCUGGCGCCGUGGAAACAGUACCACCUGACAUGCAUGGGAUCCUUUCCAGCCAAUCCCCUCCUACAACCACAAAAACCAAUACCCAUUCUGCCGUAACUGAGGAAGAUCUCGCACGACACAAUUUACACAGGUACUCAACAACUCCAGGUGGGGCUGUUACAACACCAAAGAGUCUAAGGUUACGAACUGAUGCUGUUACAAAGCCAGAGGGACUGGAGACUACAACAGAUGCUAUUACAACACCAGAGGGAGAGGAAUCUGUCACGGUGAUGAGCACAUCUGAAGUCUUGGAAGUAACGACAUUUCCGAAGUACGAUAAGGAUGCAGUGUUUGAGACUAGUACCCCAGCACCAACUUACUCAGUGAGUGACGUUGAAACAAUGUCAACAGUCCAGCCAACCACAUCAAUUGGUGACACUAAACCUUCAACAGUGCAACCAAAGGAUAAUGACAGAAGCACAAGCACUGAGUAUAUUACACCCAUGAGUGCAAACAGUGAAAGAGCACCGCACCGUACUUCAGAAACGACAGCUGUCGAUGGUGUACAGUCAACAUUUGAAACAACCGAUACUCCAACAACAGAAUCCAUUACCAUAAGACCAACUGACCUUUUGAAUUUAAAUGCCCGGCUUAAAAUGACAACAGAAAGCUCAGAUUUGACCACAGGACGGGAAAGUAGCACCGAGGAGAUUACAACCAAUCAAUCCAAGUUGGACACCGGUGGCAUGAAUACCAACCGAUCGGUCAGCCGGUCAAGCAGCAGUAACGCCCCUUCCAUCUUGCCAACAGUUACAGAAAUAGCUACACCUCCACCGGAUGUCAUAAGCCAAGACUCGGGUCAUGACACACAGGUGGGGAAUCGCACCAACCAACCUUUGGUUCUUGACGCUGGAACACCAGGCUCGGUGACAAACGUUGCAAGUUCCACAGCUGUAGAAAGUACUGCACAGCACACAACAGCACAGCAUCCGACGUCUCCAGAAAUCAUGGUCACUGCAAGACCGACCACCAGUAGCCCUAUUGCCAUCAACUUGCCAGUUAAUCCUUCACGGAACAAAUCUGACGCUGAUCUAGAAAAAAUGGAGGUGGUCCCUGUUAACCAGAAUACCACCUCAAAAACUGAGACAUCUCACAUGCAGGCAUCAAAAGAUGCAAACAACGACCUAGUAACUAACUCAACAUUGCCAAACAUCCAAAUCACAAAUGAAAUCCAGACUUUCGUAGACGUGACUGAAUAUGUCACAGAGCCUGGAACAGCUUCAACAGACCAGGACACCUUACCAGAGCAGGAAUCCCAGGACAUGCCAUACCAGACAAAAGGAGAAACAACGGAAGCCGGCAAGUCACGAAGGAGGAGAGAGAUCCCCACGGGUGAUUUGUGCACCGUUUACAUACCCAGCCUGUUGGGCACAGGUGUUAUUGGUGACCUCGACAAUGACGGCAGCCUGGAUUACAUCUACGCUGAGACUCACAUGGCCCAACUAAUGGACGAGGGGCUCAGCUACAUCUCGUCCAAGCUCAGGCUGCGAGUCCACAGGCUGGUCCUGGACAGCGCCAUUAAGAGGCAAGACUGGCUCAGGCCGGCCCAAGCUCAACCCACGCUGAGCGAGGGGCUCAGUUCGGCCGAGGUGGACACAGAUGAAGUGGGUGAGCACUUCCGGUUUCUACCCGCUGAGAAGCAGAGCUGGAAUUCCUACAUGGGGAAAGGGGCGGAUGGACAGUUCAAGAAGAGUACCAGGUGAUACAUCAUCAAGCAGGGUGCUCAGGUGCAAGCUGUAUUGUCUUGCGCUGGGUGCAUUUCAUCCAUAGAUAGGGGGACAUUCUCCAACUGGGCUGGAUUACUCAGAUGCCUUGCAGGCACUGUAGCAAGGGCCUAGGAAAACUUGGGGGGCCUGUAAAAAAUUUGGAGGACCUACAAAGAUACCGAGUGUUUCUCUCUUUGACCUCAGUUUUGGAAAAAGCUUCAACCUAGCUAGUAUAUAGCUUUUUAGAACAGCUUGGCAUCAACACAAAAAUGCCAGGCUCCAAUGCUCUUCCACAUUGUGAAAUUGGUGCUGGUACCCUUGGCCGAAUGGACCUAUGGAAGACUUAAUCUAGAUCUGUUCUUGAAGAUGGCUGGUGAAAUUCAAGUGUUGCCAAUUUUUUUUCACUGAUAAGCUUCAACUUUGCAAGGAAGCUUGUGUAAAAAAAUUGGAGUGGCACAUUUGAACAAUCAAAACUUAAUCCACACCGAUUUGUAAAAUCAAAAUACUUGGGACAGUUUGAACAGAAUUUCCUCGUCUGUGUAAUUUGGGAUUAAACUCUAACACUAAUAGAAUGCUAGAAGAUAAAAUUCAGUGUGUUUGUCAGGUCAGGAGAAAGUUUAGUUUAUCCUCAAUAAUACUUACAGAGUUUUUGCUUUGGUCAAAUGUUCUUCGUAUUCAGAGUCCUUUUCCUCCUCUCCUUUCAGUUUCCCUCGCUCUUUUCAGUUUCCCUCGCUCUUUUUUAAAUCUGUAUGCAACUUGAGCUGUGGUUGGUCAGUCAGAGUGGCACGCUGCGUCCGAAUGACUUGGCCAUGUCUUGAAAUUACACGACUCUAUGGGAACUGUCUGUGGCCACUACCAUAGACUCGUGCGCAAUUUCAGGCCACUGCCAAGUAAUUCGGACAUGGCUGUAUUCUUAACUGAUGCAGCAACAUGUAUCUGUCAUCAAUUGCUAAAGACUUAGGCAUUCAAAAUGUUCACAGCCAAGCCUAUUCUUCUAUCCUUUAUAAGGAUAUGCUGCUGUAAGGUUGCCAAAUUAUCUAUGCAUGUCACAACUAAGCAAGGUUUUUUGUAAUUGAAUGUAGAGCAUUUUACUUUUUACGCUUAAAACUUCACUUUUCAUUAGUUUUUAAACAAAAUGCCAAGUAUUUUUGCACGGAUUUUUAAAAAACUGUAACUGUUGCACUCUAAGAUAUUGUCCGGGGUAUGGUUGGCCCAGUGCAUUAAAACUCAAAAGCCAGGGUGAGCUAUUUUUAGAUUUGCAGAUGUGGAAUGCAGUACUUAAUGUAUGCAUGCAUGAAGUAAUCAAACUGAUUUGAACUGGAGCAAGGUCUCUAAAUGUUCCGAGUUUCAUCUAUCGAAGCAGUAUGUUCGAUAACAGUAGAGACUGCUGCGUUGGUUUGAAACUUGUGCAUGCAUCACUGGUUAUCAGUAGCCCUUUUAAACUAAUUAACCAUACAGGGAACCACUGACUUAAAAUAUUUGUGCUAGAUGACCAAUGGAGAAUGUGUGAUGAAAGGAUUACUCAAGAAUGAAUCAAGCUAAGGCCAUUUGCAUAUGAGACUGUAUUGUGGUAUGUGCAUUGGUAACAGUGAUUGACCAAUAGUUUGGGUAUCAUAUUGCUCUUGAAAUUUCAUUCCCUUCAUUUUUUGGGACUGGUUAAGUUACAAGGCUGAUCCUGCAAGAAAUUCUUGGCAAAUGGCUGUGUUUCUUUGUCUAUGCAACUUAAUUAACUACACCUAUCAUGAGGGACCUGCACAUGUAUUUGUUCAUUCUUGGAAUCCUACCUAAAUUUACCUUGUUUACUGAAUUCUGCGAAGGAAAUGCAAAUCAUUGUGGGAUACACUGGCUCAGAAGCAGGGGACCAGUGCCCCCCUUUUGACUGAGGGCAUGCCCCCCCCCUUUUGGCAGGUUCUGUGAUGGGCAGGGUGGAAUGGUCUCACAACUCCCCCCCCCCCCGAAAAUAUUCCACCCACCAUGGCGGAAUUGAAAGUGUGAGAGAUGAGCCAGUCCCAAGUCCAUCAAGGCCUAGCCAAGUCACAAGCUAUUCAAAUGAAUUGGGAUCGGUUUGCGAUCCUUCGCCUUAAGACUGGGCUUGUAAGUGGACGUGUGGUAUACUCGGCAACAAGAAGAAGAAUUGGGGCCAGUUUCUGUCACUAAAUUCAGGUAUUCAGGUUAGUAGUCAGAAGCAGCAGUGCAUGACAUUAUGAUAACUAUGAGCAAAAGAUACCUUUAUUACGAGUCAGUGGACGUCAGUAGAAUGCAGACAAAGUAUAGAAUGGAAUAUGCACGAGUACGAGUAGAAAUAAAAGGUAGUCUAAUGUGCUUCACUAGCACUGCAGGGUAAUUAUGAAUAAUUUUGGACUUGAAAUGCUUCAAAAUACCUUUUCAAGCUUGCCAAACUCAUUUCAUGUCACGUUUCUGUGAUCUCUGACCAACUCAAGGCUGGCGAUAUUUUCUUGGUAUGCAAGUGAACUGUGGUGCUGCUUUGCAAACAUUUCGCUACCUCACCAAUGUAGUUUAAUGUUACACAGCUGUAGAGUUUACAGAUGCAAGAAGUUGAUUUUUACAAAAUGGAGAAACCCACUCCAAUCUAAUUAGUGAAUUUCUCUGCAACACUUGGAAUUCCUUUUAAAAUUGUCAAGAUAUGAAGUGAGCAGUCCACAUAAAAACAAAAAAGCUUUUUGUAUUCUUUUAUACCUGAUGGUAUAAAUGGAUUUAUGUUGUGGCAUCAGAACUCCAUUUCCCAAGUGUACUUAAUACUUUUUAUCACAUUUGUGUCAGUCACCAUUUUGUAAUUUAAAUUACAGAUGGUUUGGCAAGUGAGCUUGGUAGUUGCAGUAUUCAUCUUACUCCAGUUUUUUCUUCAGUCUUUUAUGGUUGGAAUCAGUGUCUCAACUAGUGGCUGACCUUCGCAUACAAUGCAUUAGUCAUCCUGCAACAUUCUGCAAAACUUUGUUGGACUUUGAUGGCUUUUGGAGGGUCACGAGUUAGCCACUGCUUGCUUGGUGGUGUCGAUCACUAGCGGCCAUUUUCACUUUUUCCCCCAGGUCGAUUUCGGUUGCCUUUCCUCAGUCAUUUUUGAAGCCAGCAUUUAAAAGAAAUAAAAUUAAAAUAAGCAGUAUUUUAAAAAUGACCCCUGAAAUAGGUGUUUUUCUCUUUUAAGUUAAGCUUGUAUUUGGGCAUCAUGUGGCAUAAUGAUCACCGACCAACAGUCUGAUCAGAAGCAAGUUCAGCCCUCUUAUCUGCAAUGAAAGUAUUAAUGCAUACAUGUAAACUGUAAAUGCCAUUUACAUAUACAGCCGUUGAGAAGCAAUCACUUCCAAAAAAUGCCCCGUGCCAUCACAUUUGGAGAGUGGCGCAGGGUGCCAUUUUUAGGCAGAUGGAGCCACUUAAAAAAAAAGUUACACUGAAUCUGCAUAUGUGUAUUUUCAAAGCAGCAGACUUUGUCAGAAAUUUCCAGAAUCAUUGUCCACUUUUGUGAGUUUUGUAGAGUCUGCACAACACUCACAGCUAAACCAGUAUUGAGAGACAUAAACUUGAUUGUCUACUCAGAAAAGUAUUUUUGUGUUAUGUAGAAGUUUACUUUGUACUUUGGAACAUGUAAAAGCAAGUCAAGAUUACAGCACACACUCUUUGACAAGGUAGAUAGAUUUUAUUUUUUUGUCAUUUGUUUGCAACAUCUUGUUAAAAGUUAUGUUUUGUGUUAGUCUGUGAAAUAAAAGUCAACAUUAUACACAUGUUCAAAACAUACAAUGCUAAAAAACUAGGAAUGUUCAGCUGUUCAAUUACGUUUCCUCCUUUUUGAUUUGCAGAAUGUUAUGCAACUCUUAUAAACAAUUUUAUAUAUUUUUGUUACAAAUAUGUCUGUAAGCUAUAAAUAUGGUGUGCUCUGGACUUAAUAUUGUUGCAUGAUCAAACUCUUCUGUACAAAAAAAAGACAGACCUCAAAUUUUUCUGCAAGAAUACGAUAAAGUGUCCUGUACUUAAAUCUUGAUGUAAAAAAGCAGAAACUGUACACAGAUCUCGAACAUGCUUGUACGUGUUGCGGUUAAAAAUAACUUGAUGUAAUAGGCAACUUACUGGUGCCAUUAUAAACAGAUAAUUUUGACGCAAGGAAUGUUCAAAGCAAGAAUGAGUUAAUAAAAGUGAUAUUAAGAUAACUU